ACUCUCUCUCUAGAUCUUCUAGUGUCUCUAAGGAUUAUAAGAAUCCUAGAUCUUUUCGUGUGCAUUUAGUCGGAAAAUAAAAAGAAAAAUUAUCUUGACCCUCGUUUGCUUGAGCGUAUUUACUGUCUUCUUUUUCUUCGGCGUAGCCUAAGGCUGUGGAUUGUUCCUAUUUGUUAAACUAUGCAUCAAGCUUAGGAAAUCUAUAACCAUGGCUGAUUUUCAUUUGGUCCCAGAGUUAACACGGCACCGCCACACUGUACCAGCCAUAUCCGAUGAUUUCUACAAUUAUAUGAAGUUGAUAAAGAAAACUGACCCGGAAAUCAUGUCUAAACUUUUGCCUAUUCUACGCACAAUACCAGACUCCGGCAUCCAACUCGUUAAUACCAAGUUCACAAAUUAUGCAAUUUGGAUUAAAAAACAGAGUCGAAGGGAAAAGAUAACUUUGGACAAACAGUAUGCUGUUUUGCAAUAUGAUGAUGAACACGAAAUAGUUUGGGCUGUCAUAGCAGCGAAGUUGUUGAGUAUUGUAAAACAUAGACCGGAGAGCAUCUUAACUGAUUACUCAGCCCAAUAUAUGCUUGAUUUCGCUCCUCGCCCGAGAGAGGCGCAGAUAAAACAUCGGCGUACUUGUUGCAAACCUCUUAGCGUACUGGAUGGGCUGAAGUAUGGAUUGAAGAAUAACUUACCCAGAGAACAAGAUUGGAAAUAUGCAGGAUGUAGGGAUAUUUGCAAACCAACGGGCGUUUCACUCUUCCGCAUGGUAGGAGACUUGAGACCAACAAAAAGACUGAGCGCUGCUUUGUCCGCAUUGAGAAUGAUACCUGUUGCGGCUCAGUUGCAUGUAUUUGAGCCAGAUAUUGACAUCGUUGGAAAUGAAAUUUAUCGUGGACCAAAGUAUUUUGAGUCUAAGUACGUGGGACUUAGAGAUGUGAUGAUUUAUGGUACUGACAUAGUGGAUGAGGAGCUGGUUGCGGUGGUAAACUUCCCUUACAAAAGAUUGAAAGAAUUGCGUGUCUUGCUAGAUGUGAUGCUAGUCCAGACACCAAGAGAGGAUGAAACUAAUGAUCCCUUCGAAGAACUGGAAAAUCCCACUUGUUUGCUUACAAAAUUCUGUAUCUUACUAUGACCAUAACAUCCACACUACUCCCCAUAUGGUGUUUUCAUACAGUUCUCUGUGAUAUUGUCGACGACGUGUUCUACUGCUUAUUUUUCUAAACUAGUUUUUGUAAUGGAUUUUCUUAUAUUUCCUAAAUUUGAGAACCUUGAAGUUUGCAUGUUA